AUGGAGCCAAAUCUCAAGUUGAAGAAGGAUGAAUGCCAGUCUUUGAAGGAUGCUAUCAAGUUCCGACAACUAGUUGGAAGUUUGAUCUAUCUGACUAUCACAAGGCCAACAAUAUGUUAUUCAGUUGGUGUUGUGUCUCAGUUUAUGCAUAGUUCAACAACUUCUCAUUUAGAUGCAGCAAAAAGGAUUUUGCGCUAUGUGAAGGGAUCUCUUAGUCAGGGACUUUGGUACAAAAGGUGUGCAAUUUUUUUAUUGAGUGGAUUUACUGAUGCAAAUUGGGCAGGUGAUUCAAAUGAUCGCCGCUCGACUUCAGGUUACUGUUUUAGUACUGGGUCAGCAGUGGUUUCCUGGUGCAGCAAGAAGCAAGAUGUUGUUGCUUUGUCUACCACCGAAGCUGAAUUAUCGCAGCAACCAUGGCUACACGAGAGUGUAAUUGGUUGA